AUGGAGAUUACAGACCUCCGUGAAAUGCAACUGGCUUUUACUGAACAAAUAGAAAGACAAGAACAGUUCAUUGAACGACUACAAUCUGAACUUACCAAUGAACGUGAAAAAAGUGAUUUUCUUAGUAAGAUAAAAAUGGAUAAAGAAAGAGAAGUUCAAAGCAUGACAAAUGAAGUCGAACAUUUACACCACAGCAAUAAAGAACUUACAAGUCGUUUACAAGAACGUGAAUCAGCCUUAGAUGCUAUGUCACGUGAACUAGAGUUGUUCACCUCCAGACUGGACACGACAUCAAGAAAUCUAACAGAGACUGAAGCAGAAUUGUUAGAAACUAGACAAAAAUAUGAAUUAUCUGAGGCUAGAGCUAAUAAACAAAAGGAUGAGUUGAAACAGUGUGAGAUUACCUUGUCAAGUUUGGAAUCUCGGUUACUUGAAAGAGAAAGUCAGUUAACAAAUGAUCGUGUUCAGUGUGCUCAGCUAACAGAUUUAGUCAAGGAUCUUAAACAGCAAAUAACGGAACACAAGAAGGUUAAUAUGAUUUCAAAGACUGAACGAGCUCAGUUACAAGAAACAGUUAAUCGGCUUGAAGGUGAACUGGCUGCACGAUCUGAUGCAUUGCGUAAAGCAGCGAUUGAUGCUACACGUGUACAGAUGGAACAUGAAUUAGAAUUAAAUAAUAAAACAAGUAAUUUAAAUGAAUCCCUUUACCAUAUGGAAAAUAAAUGGAAAGAGGCAUGUAAAAUGAUCGAAAAAUUGGAAAAAGAAUGCAAAGAUCAAGAAUUUAAACUCAUAGAAGCUUCAACAAAUAGUAGUGAUGAAAAUAAACUACUAAAACAAAAGUUGGAUUCAAAUGAGUACACUCAAGUGCAGGAUGAAUUAAAUAAGCUGAAGAAGAAAAUUCAGUCUACUGCGGAAAAGGUAUCAGCUGCUGUACAAACUGUCCAAAAAUUUGCCAAUGCCAGCACAAAUACAGAGAAGAUAGAACAAGAUGAGAGAAUACCAUUACCAAAACUUCAACUUUCAAGGUAUUAG